AGCCGUCAGCGAACAAAACUGAAGAAGCAGGAGAGCAGAGUCUACAGAUCGAAGCACUAUGGGUGACCAGCACUAUUGCUCCAAUCAUGAGCAAAGAAUCAGAAGAUACUGGAGAUGAAGCUCCGAUUUUCAAGCCCGGUAAUGAGGUUACAAUUCUUCAAUCCAGAAUCAUUACCUCUGGUAAUAUUUCUAAAGCUCUGAUUGAUUCGAAUGGUGAGAAUAUGGAGCUGUCAGCGAACAGAGCCGAAGAAGCAGGAGAGCAAGUUCAAGCAUCUUUCCCAAGGAUAGAGCUAAUGCCUUUUCACAAUAAUCCACCAAGGUGCUCUGAUAGUGACCCCAAUGGUGCUCUAAUAGUAACCACUAAUGACUUACCAAAGAUAGUAAUCUCCAAUAGCUUGCUAAAGGUACUCUGA